AUGCGGAUAACGGUGUUAACCCAAUCAAUUUUACUGGUAACCAUCGCAAACGGUUUUCCAGUUUUACCAGUAGUAGAAGAUUCCUCGUCCAUGACAUCCGACACAAUGCCAUCAGCAACCCCCGAAGUGAUACAGGAAACACCCGAAGAGAUGACAGUACCACCGCCACGUGUCAUUUCGCCACGUGUCGAUGUGAGUGUAGAUGUGAACGAGGAUGGUGUGUUAGACAUCGAUGAAAUCAGGUAUGCCGCAUUUGUGCAUCACGGAUUAUCCGCGUCUGUCGUUGAAGACAUGUUCAAACAGGUGGACACUAACCAUGACAAUGUAUUAGACGCCCGCGAGUUUGAUGCCAUACGGAUGUUGGUUCUGGAGAAGGCUGAGAAUGCAGCGCUUCGAUAUAUGCAGAACAUUGAUACUGAUCGGGAUGGUCUUUUGUCUCUUCAAGAAGCUCAAGCAUAUUUGUUGAAAGAAUACGGGAUUGGGUAUCAUGAUGUGACGAGGUUAUGGAAAUUGGUUCCAGCUGAACUAGGGGACAGAAUGAAUAGCACAUUGUUCAGUAAGCUGCGAAGGAGGGUUAGAGGUAUGACGAUUCGGUUGGCAAGGCAGAUGAUGAAGAAUGCCGACCUCAACGGAGACGGACACAUUUCUGUCGACGAAGCACAAGCUAUUGCCUUCGAACAAGAAGGAAUCGGUGCUGGUGACGUGGCAUCAAUGGUUGGAAGUGUUGAUGAAAACAUGGAUGGAGAGUUGAAUGCACCAGAGUUUGCAGAUUUUGAGCGAAUCGUCAGAGCCAGAGCAAUUGAGAAUAGCAAGAAAGCCAUGCGAGUGGUAGAUGCUGAUAACAGUGGAACUCUUACGCUGGAUGAGGCCAAGAGGGUCGCAUUUGAGCACUAUGGGUUUGAUGAAGCCACGUUGUCACCAUUCUUCGGACAGGCGGACGAGAAUGAGGAUGGACAGUUGGACAAUGUAGAGUUUGCUGGAUUCCGAUCAGUGAUUAGGGCUCGUUCGGUGAAGGAUGCAAUGGAAAAGAUGAAGAGGAUAGACACGAAUGGUGAUGGUUUGGUGUCCACUGCUGAAGCGAUUGAUUCAACUAAAAAAGAAGAUGAUAUGGAUUCUGAAGAGACUUUAGCGCUUUUUAACAUUGCUGAUCAGAAUAAAAGUGGGAAGCUAGACAAAGUCGAAUUAGCAGAUUUCAACCGAUUAGUGAGGCUGAGCUCUAUAAAGUUUGCAACGGAUCACUUUAAGGAGUUUGAUUUAGACGGAAAUGACGCUGUAACUUUUGACGAGAUUGCUGUCCUUAUUGAGCAGAAAUAUGGGAUUCCAAGGAACAUGAUCAAGACAUUCUUUGAACAAAUCGACGUGGAUAAUUCUGGAGACUUAAUGCCAGCGGAAAUCGUCGACUUCCGGCACUUGAUCAGAAAUCAUGUAUCACAACAGCGUCAGGAAAAAACCACACAACCAACCACUCCAUCCACCACUACCACUCAAGGCACCCUACUUAUCACCACCACUUCUUCCUCAGCUUCUUCUUCUGCUACUUCUCCUUCUUCCUCCCUAUCGCCUUCUUCUUCCCCCACUUCACCGUCUCCAACUACCCAGAUUACUGUAACUCGGGCGCAUCCGAAACGACGACUAAAAGUAGAAGUUGCUGAGGUUAUUGAUGAAAGUGCUAAUGACGUUAUUGCUCAAGAUAUUUUGUCCCAAGAUGUCACUACUACCCUUGCUUCCACUACCACCACCCAAACUACAUCUACAGUAAUCCCAAAAACCAAGAAGGUUAAAACCACCACCACCACACAAGCACCUCCCACCACGAGUGCCUCUACCACCACCUCCACCCCGAAUGCUCCACCCACAACCACAACUACAGAAUCGCAUCUAGAAGUGGUAACACCUUCAACGACACCUUCCACUCCUCCAAUAACGACUACAAAGCCACAACGACGUACCACUAGAAGACCGACCCCGUUGUCUUCUGCAUUCAAAUCAGAAGUUGUCGUUGAAGAAAUUAUUUAUGAAGAUGAAAAUGGAAACCCAAUGAAUCCAAAAAAGCGAAAAGCUGGUGGCGGGAAAACUGACGAUGUUUCGUAUGAGGAGAUAAUUGAAUAUGUUGAUGAGCCAGCCAGCAAUUAA